GCAUUCUGGCCAACACUUAACGAUAAUUAAUUGCAUUAAUGAUGGCCUCUCUAUAGGUUUCUACGACAGACUGAAUCUGGAGUUUGUGUUGUCGCGGGAGGUUGGCUUCUUCGUGUUCCAGACAUACAUGCCAUGCAUUAUGGUGGUCUGCAUGAGCUGGGUCUCCUUCUGGAUCAACAACGAGUCUAGUCCCGCCAGAGUAGCUCUAGGAAUCACAACUGUGUUGACAAUGACCACCAUCUUCACCAGUUCCAGAGCAUCUCUUCCUAGAUUCUCCUACGUCAAGGCCAUUGACAUCUACCUUCUCACUUGUUUCGUCUUCGUAUUCGCCUCUCUCAUAGAGUAUGCAAUUGUGAACUUCAACUACUGGAAACUGACUCACAAUCGAAACAAGGAACUCAAGAAGCAGCAAAAAGCAGAGGCAAAGGCUGAGCAGAAGCGAUUAGAGAAAAUGGCAGCUGAAGGAAUCUCUGAAAUAACUACAGCGGAGAGCCUGAGAUUCGAACCACCCACUCCUCGUAACAACACUGAGAGCAACCUUGUUAACAGAACCAAAUCAUUUCCGCUCCCAGCACAAAGCCAGAGCAAUUUGGUAAUGAGCGGGAACAUUGCACAGACAAAUAAUACUUUUAUGGAUUCACAGAGCUUCGACCAACUAAGCAUGAAGAGCUUGUACAAUGAUUCAUCGGUUCCUUACCGAAACGGAGACGCACUCCCAACUCCGACGUCGUUCCACCCAGGCUACAUACGAACUAUACAGUUCGCCGAUUACGGUAACAGUCCUAACGCUCCUCGAGACCAGCAAGGGCAGUUCCAGAACCACCGGGCUUACAUUGUCCAGCAAAACGGAAACGAAGGAUUCUAUCCUUCUAAUGUCCAGAUACCGGUGUUCACAGGAAACCCGAGCAACCCAAGUCAGGCGAUAAUGGCUGCCGUUCCAUACGUUCCUGCGAAUGUCAUCUCGAGGAACCCCCAACGUCGGAACUUGAGUGCUGACGGACUGAGCUUCACCACUAUGCAACCCGGUGGAUACACGUUGAUUUCCCAGAGUUCUCAACCGUUUCUAUCUCCUGUACAAAAGGAGGCGGAUGACUUCAGAGGAGGUUCUUCAAAUGAGUGGCAGGAAAUCAAAAGCUCCGUUAGUAAAGUGUGCGAUUCGAUGUGCAGCAUAUUCAACAGAUUCCCCAUACCAUCUGGCCAAAACGUGAUUGUUAUCGACGCAUAUUCUAGAAUAUUUUUUCCAAUCGCUUUCGUCAUUUUCAAUCUACUCUACUGGUGGCACUAUAUUAUGGAUUCCGACUCCGAAUAGAUUGGACCCAGGAGUUCAAAAGAAUAUAGUUACUGCCGAAUUACAAGUCAAAAAAUAACCUUUGUAAACCGCUCACGCAUAUCCUAAUAAUUUCGAAAUGUUUAAUAAGAACGUCCAUAAAAAUCAUGGCGAA